GCAGUUGGCUCAGUUCGCUGUUGUUGACGCUCUUCUGGUCGCCGCUGUAGGCUACAUGAAAUAGGUCCCUACGUAGGUCUGGGCUGCAAAAAUGGCUUUCCUAAUGACAUUUUGUACUUUAAUCGUCAAUGUGUUAUGCUUGCCCCUUCAUCUGAUCAAAGCCGUCGGCAUGUAUGAAAUAUACAAACGUUUCUUUCCUAUUUGUUUAUACCGGUGUUCAAUCAUGUACAACAAGAACAUGUACGACAAGAAGAAGGAGCUGUUUCGCAGUAUCCCCGAGUUCAACAAGCCUGGUGGGCAGCUCACAAUUUUGGAGAUCGGUUGCGGCACUGGCACAAAUUUUGAGUUUUAUCCGCCCGGUUGCAAGGUGAUCUGCACUGACCCGAACCCUCAUUUCAAGAAAUAUCUGAAGACAAGCAUGGAAGGGAAUGACCACCUCACAUUUGAGAAAUUUCUGGUGUCAUCGGGAGAGGACAUGGGGUCAAUUGAGAGCGAGACGGUAGACGUAGUUGUCUGCACCCUGGUGCUCUGCUCUGUCAACAACAUACCGCAAACUCUGCAGGAGGUUCGUCGCAUGCUGAGACCGGGGGGAGCCCUCUUUUUCCUAGAGCAUGUUGUUGGAGAGCCCUCAACUUGGACACACUUCUUCCAGCAUGUUCUGCAGCCUCCUUGGUACUACUUUGGGGACGGAUGUGAGGUCACCCGGGAUACAUGGAAACCUCUGGAGGCAGCUGGAUUCUCUAAACUCAAACUGAGACACAUGGAAGCACCACUCAUGUUCCUAAUCAAACCACACAUCAUGGGUCAUGCUGUGAAAUAAAUGCAUUCAUAAAUUCUGUCUCAUUAGCUUUGUAGUAAACUUGCCUCAGUGCAUGAAUGUGCCAAGCGCCUGAUGCCUCUACUCGUCUUUGUGAUAUGAUUGAUCACCAGUGAUAUAGAGAAUGCCAGUCCCUUUUAAUACUAAUUUUUGUAUAAAAAAAAAAAAUAAAACCUGUGGGUUUUUUUUGUACACAAUACAACAUGAGAAUUUUAAAUGUUUGUUUGAUCUUCUAACUAUUAUUUCCCCUCUCCAAGUUGCUAUGCUGAUAAAUCAAUAUGAUGAUGCCAUAAGGGAUUUCUGUCAGUGUUUGCUACUGCUGGAUUUAUAUGUAACAUUUAGCCUAUGACAUGACAGGUGUGUCACUGAAAACAUAUAUUUUCGCAGUCACUCAACAGUGUGUGGUGUCUUAUUAAAGAUUUAAACUCUG